AUGGCUUCAUUGAACUUGUUCUUCACUCCAAUAGCAACCAUAACCACACAACAACAACAACAACUACAGAGAAGAAGUGUAUACACCUUCGCUACGGCGGCGAAGAGUUCGGGUGAAAGCAGUGAGGAGAAAUCACUUUUGGAUUUUAUACUUGGAGGUUUACAGAAGCAAGACCAGCUACUGGAGACUGAUCCAAUUUUAAAAAAAGUAGAGGACAAAAGUGUUAGCACUACGACUACUAAUGGAAGGAAGAAUUCUGUUGCUGCUGUUGCUCCUAAGAAGGAUUCUAAUGGUAGUGGAUUUGGAGGAUUUGGUGGACUCUUUGCUAAGAAAGAAUGA